AGAUACAUGGUAGUACCGACUCUUGGUAGGAAAUAAGCGAUCGCAAACACCGGCUACUGCUACUAGUUGGUCGGUCAGCCAGCCAUUUUAAUCCAUCUAUGUGCGACGGACGGACGGAAAGGAAACAUGUGUUGGGUGACGGCGAGGUCCCUGGCAAUCUCUGCUCUUCACAGCUGCCCCCCUCUUCCUCUCCCUUACUUUUCUUCCUUUACUCUCCUCCUAUGCUCCUCCCCGCAGCCGAAGCAGGUCUACUGCUUCAAAGAGAGAAGGUCUACAAGCACCAAAUCAGCAAAAAAGAUCAGGGAACUAAAAGAUCUUCUUGUGGAGAAGGAUUAUCCUCAUAUCAUGUGGUGGAAGGAGAAAAUGCUGACAUGUGUGAAGACAUCAUCUAUCCAAUUGGUAACGCGACUGGUUUACUCCAAUCUGCUUGGUUUGGAUGACAACCUCAAGAAUGGGAGUCUAAAAGAAGGAACGCUUAAUUGCGAAAUACUGAAAUUCAAGUCAAGGUUCCCUCGGGAAGUUUUACUUUGUAGGGUUGGGGACUUUUAUGAAGCCAUUGGGUUUGAUGCGUGUAUCCUUGUGGAAUAUGCUGGUUUGAACCCUUGUGGUGGUCUUCGUUCAGAUAGCGUUCCUAAAGCUGGCUGCCCUGUUGUGAAUUUACGUCAAACAUUGGAUGAUCUGACACGUAACGGGUUUUCCGUAUGCAUUGUUGAAGAAGUUCAGGGUCCAACUCAAGCUCGUUCUCGCAAAAGCCGUUUUAUAUCUGGGCAUGCACAUCCCGGAAGUCCUUAUGUGUUUGGACUCGUGGAAGAUGAUCGUGAUCUUGAGUUUCCUGAACCGAUGCCCGUUGUUGGAGUAUCCCGUUCUGCCAAAGGGUAUUGCAUGGUUUCAGUUCUGGAGACUAUGAAGACGUUUUCUUUAGAAGACGGCUUAACUGAAGAAGCAUUAGUUACCAAGCUUCGUACUUGUCGUUAUCAUCAUUUGUUUCUCCAUAAAUCACUUAAGAACAAUUCUUCGGGGACUUCUAGUUGGAGAGAGUUUGGUGAAGGUGGGCUAUUGUGGGCAGAAUGCAAUGGCAGACACUUUGAAUGGCUUGAAGGAGACAUGCUCGAUGAGAUCUUAUUUAGGGUAAAAGAGCUAUAUGGCCUCGAUGACAAUGUCACAUUUAGAAAUGUAACCAUUGCUUCAGAAAACAGGCCUCGUCCAUUGCAUCUUGGAACAGCCUCACAAAUUGGUGCUAUACAGACUGAGGGAAUACCUUUUUUGUUAAAAUAUUUGCUCCCCUCGAAUUGUACUGGACUACCUGCGAUGUAUGUCAGAGAUCUUCUUCUAAAUCCUCCUGCUUACGCAAUUGCAUCUACCAUUCAAGACAUCUGCAAACUUAUGAGCAAUGUUUCAUGCACAAUUCCCGAGUUCACUUGUAUCACACCAUCAAAGCUUGUAAAGUUACUUGAGUUAAGGGAAACAAAUCAUGUUGAGUUUUGCAAGAUCAAAAGUGUGCUCGAUGAGGUUUUACAGUUGUAUAGUAACUCUGAACUCAAUGAGAUACUAAGACUAUUAAUGGAUCCUACUUGGGUGGCAACGGGACUGAAAAUCGACAUGGAGACCCUAGUGAAAGAAUGUGAAUGUGUUUCACGUAGAAUUAGUGAAAUUAUCUCUACAUAUGGCGAAAGUAAUCAGAAAAUGAGUUCCCAUGUGAACAUACCAAAUGAAUUCUUUGAGGAGAUGGAGUCUUCAUGGAAGGGCCGUGUCAAGAGGAUCCAUCUAAUAGAAGCUUACGAGGAAGUUGAUAAGGCUGCCGGAGCCUUAUCUUUAGCCGUUACAGAAGAUUUUCUUCCGGUAGUUACGAGAGUAAGAGCUACUACUGCAUCAUUUGGAGGUCCAAGGGGAGAAAUCGCAUACGCGCGGGAGCACAAAGCUAUUUGGUUCAAAGGGAAACGGUUUACGCCAGCUGUUUGGGCCGGAACCCUAGGUGAAGAACAGAUCAAACAACUUAGGCCAUCUGUAGAUGCAAGGGGUAGAAAAGUUGGGGAGGAAUGGUUUACCACUGUGAAGGUGGAGGAUGCACUCACAAGGUAUCAUGAGGCUUGUGCAAACGCAAAGACAAUGGUCUUAGAUUUGUUAAGGGAACUUUCUGCCGAAUUGCAAGCUAAAGUUAAUGUUCUCGUUUUCGCAUCCAUGUUGCUUGUUAUUGCAAAAGCGUUAUUUGCUCACGUGAGUGAGGGGAGAAGAAGGAAAUGGGUGUUCCCUACUCUCAUCGAUUCGUCUGGUUCUCAGGAAAAGGGACGAACACACGAGAUGCAGAUUACAGGUCUAUCACCAUAUUGGUUUGAUGCAGCCGAAGGCAGUGGUGUGAGGAAUACAAUUGUUAUGAAGUCGAUGUUUCUUUUAACCGGACCAAAUGGAGGUGGUAAAUCAAGCUUGCUUCGUUCGAUUUGUGCUGCAGCACUAUUUGGAAUUUGCGGGUUUAUGGUCCCGGCUGAGUCUGCCACAAUUCCUCAAUUCGACUCUAUUAUGUUACACAUGAAAUCUUAUGACAGCCCUGCAGAUGGGAAGAGCUCAUUUCAGAUAGAAAUGUCAGAGUUGCGGUCUAUUAUUGUGGGGGCCACUUCAAAGAGCCUUGUCCUUGUGGAUGAGAUAUGUAGAGGAACCGAAACCGCAAAAGGGACAUGCAUUGCUGCUAGUAUUGUGGAAACUCUCGACUCCAUCGGCUGUUUGGGCAUUGUAUCAACUCACUUGCAUGAUAUCUUCAAGCUACCACUAACCGCAACGAAUACGGUAUUUAAAGCAAUGGGAAGUGAACACGUGGAUGGUCAAACCAAACCCACAUGGAAGUUGAUUGAUGGGAUAUGCAGGGAGAGUCUUGCGUUUGAAACGGCCAAGCGCGAAGGGGUUCCCGAAGCAAUCAUACAAAGAGCGGAAGAGCUAUAUAUCUCAAUGCACACAACGGAUGAACACGAUCUUUCUAAUGAAAACGGAUCUCAUAAAACCAACAAUCACCCAAUUGUUAAUGAAACACUGCCUAAUCUUUCGUUUGUUGAAUCGACUGUCCAAAUGCAGAAGUUUUUGAAGGAAGUAGAAAGUACUGUCCGUAUGAUAUGUCAGAGAGGGUUGAUUGAGGUUUGCAAGAUGAGAAGUACAGUAAUAAGAUGUGUUCUCAUUGCUCCCCGGCAACAACCCCCGCCAUCGGCAAUUGGUGCAUCAAGUGUUUAUGUGAUUCUUAGACCUGACAACAGACUUUAUGUUGGGGAGACUGAUGAUUUGGAGGGACGGGUGCGUGCUCAUCGAUCAAAGCAGGGAAUGCAAAAUGCUUCUUUCUUAUAUUUCUUAGUUCCUGGGAAGAGCGUAGCUUGCCAGUUGGAAACUCUUCUGAUUAACCAGCUACCGAAGCAUGGGUUUCAACUCACGAAUAUAGCCGACGCUAAUUUCAUUCACAACCAACACCAAAGCUUACAGUACAGUACAGUACAUCACCUCAGGCUAGUGGGUUACUAGACGAAACUCCAAAUAUGAUCACCACAUAAUCAAAUACAGAAUGACCAAAUGUUAAAAAACAAACAAAACUGCGGCACCUUAUUCUAUACCUCGAACCGCGCUCACUUGCUCCACUCCAGUAACCUUUUUUUGCCCUGCAUUUAAUUCAUAAGGAACUAUUCGCUUGCAUCUCCUCGAAAAUUGCAUCAAUGCUGACACGUUUACCCCUGAAAAUGUUUUCGUUUCUUGCUCU